AUGGAGGAAAUGUUUGAUACUGAUCUUCACACAAUUGUCAGCCUCAGGAUGGUUCCCUGGGGCAACGCUCAAACAAUUGGGUUAUAUAACGAAACCAUCAUUUGUCAGAACGGCCCAAGUGAAUGCUACCUGAAUAUCAUUCAAGCGUGUGCUGUCAAUGUCUGGCCUGCUGUAAAACACUUCAGAUUCAUCCAUUGCAUUGAAAGUCAAGACUUAUCAAUUCUAGCCGCUGAUGCAGUGUGGAGAAGAUGUAGUGAUGAUCUUGAGCUGAGUCAAGAUCCCAUUGACCAUUGCUACAGAAGUGGAGAAGGAACAAAGUUUUUACUGAGGAAUGGUGAAGAAACAGAACGGCUUGUUCCAGAAAAGAGAUUUGUACCAUGGGUGACUGUAAAUGAUCUAGCACUUCAAGAAGAUUACCGAAAUUAUGCAUCCUAUGUCUGCAAAGCUUACCGAGGCAGAAGACCCUACGCCUGUAGACAAUACUGGCAAAAGUCGACUGGAAAUGAAACAUCAGGAUCGUCAGAGAUGAAGAUGGACCUUCCAUAA